AAUCCAAGAUGGCGGCGCUGGGGACUAGCAACGGGGCCCCUGGAGGGAGGAGGUGAAGCGGCCUCGGCCGGAGGCUUUCGGCCCCACCGCUCCGGCUCGUCCCUUCCUUCCCGGGGACGGCGGGGGGACUGGGCCUCUUGCCCCAGCCAUGGCUGCGGAAAGUAGCAAGCAGUUCUGGAAGCGGAGCGCCAAGCUGCCGGGCAGCAUUCAACCUGUCUAUGGUGCUCAGCACCCUCCGCUGGAUCCCCGGCUCACCAAAAAUUUCAUCAAGGAACGUUCCAAGGUUAAUGCACUACCCAUGAAGAAUAAGAAGGCCAGUAGUUUUCAUGAGUUUGCCCGCGAUACCAGUGAUGCCUGGGACAUUGGGGAUGAUGAAGAUGAGGACUUCUCAUCUUUCCAGACUUUGAACUCUAAGGUGGCAAAGGCCACAGCCGCACAGGUCCUGGAGAACCACAGCAGGCUGCGUGUGAAACCUGAGUGGCCCCAGCCAGCUCUGAGUGAAGCACCAACCAACUGUAAGGUCAUCAAGUCCAAUAGUGAUGCCCAGCUGUCCAGAGCACCUGAGGAUUCCUGUAUGCGUAACCCCCUUCACAAACAACAAUCCCUCCCACUCCGACCCAUCAUUCCUCUUGUUGCUCGCAUCUCUGACCAAAAUGCUUCAGGAGCUCCUCCCAUGACGGUGCGUGAGAAAACCCGCUUGGAGAAAUUCCGGCAGCUUCUGUCCAGCCACAACACGGAUCUAGAUGAAUUGAGGAAAUGCAGCUGGCCUGGUGUCCCCAGAGAGGUCCGACCUGUGACUUGGAGACUUUUAUCAGGUUAUCUCCCUGCCAACAUGGAGCGAAGAAAGCUGACCUUGCAGCGCAAACGGGAGGAAUAUUUUGGCUUCAUUGAGCAGUAUUAUGACUCUAGAAAUGAGGAACACCAUCAAGAUACAUACCGGCAGAUCCAUAUAGACAUUCCGCGGACGAACCCCCUCAUCCCUCUGUUCCAGCAGCCGUUAGUCCAGGAGAUCUUUGAACGAAUCCUGUUUAUCUGGGCCAUCCGACACCCAGCCAGUGGCUACGUGCAGGGGAUUAAUGACCUGGUCACUCCAUUCUUUGUCGUAUUCCUCUCUGAAUAUGUUGAAGAGGAUGUAGAGAACUUUGCUGUGACAAACCUGACCCAGGAUGUGCUGAGGAGCAUUGAAGCAGACAGCUUUUGGUGCAUGAGCAAACUCCUGGAUGGGAUACAGGACAACUACACGUUUGCACAGCCAGGGAUCCAAAAAAAAGUCAAAGCACUGGAGGAACUCGUCAGCCGUAUUGAUGAGCAGGUACACAAUCACUUUAGGAAGUACGAAGUGGAAUACCUGCAGUUUGCCUUUCGUUGGAUGAACAAUUUACUGAUGAGGGAGCUUCCUCUUCGCUGCACCAUUCGCCUUUGGGACACUUACCAGUCUGAGCCAGAGGGAUUCUCUCAUUUCCAUUUAUACGUCUGUGCUGCAUUCUUGAUUAAGUGGCGGAAAGAGAUCUUGGAUGAAGAGGACUUCCAGGGCCUUCUAAUGUUGCUGCAAAACCUGCCCACGAUACACUGGGGCAACGAAGAGAUUGGACUCCUCCUCGCUGAAGCCUACAGACUCAAGUACAUGUUUGCAGAUGCCCCCAAUCACUACCGUCGAUAAGCACCAUGGUUCUGCUUCUGCUCCCCAUCUUGCUGGCCCAAUCCCAAUCACUGUGGCGUUUCAUCACCCGAGUCCUCGGACACUCUGACCAGGAGCCACUCCUUGCUGUAAAAAGCUCACAUCGGACUUCUGUCUUAACUUUUGCGUGUGCCUGCCUGCCACUCUGUGCGUGGAUGUGCCACUCAAAACAAACCAGUAGUGUCCCAUGCUGUGACGGUGGCCUGAGCUCGGGUGGGGGCUACAAGAAUAAACUCAGCCUCUGAACGCCCUCCAAGCCCCAGCCUGAGUCAUCUAUGCCUUGCAGCCUCUUGUUAACCCGCCUAAGCACGGAUACACAUGCGCACUCCCAGCUGGGCCUGUGUUGUUGUUUGUUUUUCUUCAGAUGCUGUUCAAUCAAACUCCCCAAUGAAGAUGCCUUACAAAGAGUCCUGCCCAGGGGAUGGCAGCGCCGUUGGACAUGAGAAGCUCUCAGGGCUUAGCUUCACUCCACGUGUCUGAAGAAGUGCAGCAUUUCCAGGGUUAACAAGGCACACACACACACACACACUCCACUUACACACAUGCACACAUACGCACACACCCCUCUUGUGCAGCAUGUCUCUCCCCGUAGGUUGGUGCACAUGUGUUCAAAAGGCUGCCUUGUCCACGCACAGUUUGGAAUGACGCAAGUGAACAAGACAGGACUCCUCCUGUGAUUGACUGAUUGAUUGACCUGUGGUGUGCAUUGAACUGGAGGGUGGAGGAGCUGUGCUUCUAAAAAAUCUCCUUUCUGUGACAAUGGCACUCCUCCAAGGCAUUAUGUGUAUAUUGUGUUCUUGUGUAUAUGGGUAAAAGAUGUACAAUAUAAGUCUUCUGUUUGUAGCAGAUAUGGUUUUAUAUUUAUAAUGUGUGUCCCAAGCGUGUACAGGCUGCCUAGGUUACAAAUAACAGUGGGCCUCCUUCCUCCCCUGGUUGUCAGGGUUUUGGAGCUGUCGGACUAUCUGUACUAGCACGUUUCCCUGCCCCUACCCCCCCACACCCCCGGACAAAUACACAUUUCAUUUCUAUCAGGAAAAAAACUGACUCCCAAGCGAGACGGCACUGCGUGAUCUCCAAGGCGGAGGAGCCUGGCACUUGCUGCUGCAACCAGCGCCUUGGGCUCAGCAGGAUUUGACCUGAAGCUUGCCUGUCCUCCCUAUCUGCACUAGAGCAUGCCCUUUUCAGAAGGCCCCGCAAUGCCAUCCUCAAGCAGUGCAGUGAUGGCUGAGACCACUCCUGCAGCUUGCUGUGAUCGUCUCUAGACGGCUCGUGGCCCCCGGCCUGCCUCUCCUGACACUCCCCCUCCCAGCCCUGAUCAGAAUCUCCAGCCCUCCCUUCAGGCAGUGGGCAGGUCAGACGGGCUUCCGGUUUCAAAACUCUGAACUGUCGUGGGGAGACGAGAGGAGGGGGUGGCUUCCGUCCCAGGCUGCUUCCCUCUCUUCCCCGCUGCCGUCUCAAGGUGAUUUUCAGAGAAUAAAGGAGAAUGUGUUUUUUAAUUUAACGGUUUAUUCCAGCCAAGCAGGCACAGUCUCAUUAGUGCCAAGCCGUGCCCUCCCAGGUCAGAUCGGUUCCCCUGGGCUGAGUUCCUCAGCUUGCGCCCGGCUGACUUCUGCUGAUCUCGUCAGGCUUCAAACUGCACCCACCUUCGUUUUGUUUUCCCUCUCGGGGCCGAAAAAGAAAAGCAAUCCGGCGGCUUUCUUUCCGGGAUGACCCCAGGGGAGACGGGAGGCACGAGAAGGCGAGAGCUUUGCCGCCAUUCAAACACCAAGCAGUGUCUCUCGAGUUGCUUUCCUAACCUGGAGUUGUUUUCUCAGGCAUUCUGACUUGAUUUUCUUUUGUGUGUGUGCCUUUUGUUGUUUCCUUUGAGACAGCGACCUGGUGGUCAUUAGUUUAACAUGACUAAUUAAAAGAGAAAAAACCAAC